AUGCCUUCUUUCCAACGCUUUCUCCAGGUUGACGCCGCCAACGCCCCCAAUAGGUCCUUCACCACUUUACCUGGCCUCCCAUAUAUUCCAUCCGAAUCCUCCUACACACAGAAAUCAAAAUACAAGUCCCUGAUGGCUACAGUUUAUGGCAAAACCCACUCUCCUGCCGAAUUUGCUUCGCUCUACCUUGAGGGCGAAGACUACCUUCGAGCCAGAAUCACAAUUUCGAAGGCCCACGAAGUUCUCAUUUUGGACAACCUCAAGAACACGCGUGCGGGCGAUGGAAGAUAUCUUAAAGUGAAACACUUGAUCGCGAACAGCCUGGCCAUAUCCGGAGUCAGGGCGGACAACAUCAACCUCCUCGUCAUCCAAAACAUCGACAACCGGAACACAAGGGAACUCAUCAGACAAUACCAGGCACUCGAGGGUUGGGAAUCGGGCACAUGGCUCUUUGCUUCGGACAUCCACAGGGGACAGUUCCUGACCACGGAGCUAGGGAGAACAGCAAAUAGCCUGGCUAGGAAGCUCGGAAAACAUGUCGGCGGCGUUUAUGUCGGAGAGAUACUCGGCCAGCCCGCGCUCGCGUUUGGGUUGCAGGGUUCCCGACCGGCAACCCCCGUCACGUACCCUCCGCCGCGCCCUGCUCCCGGCCGUCCGGCUUCGCCACCCCUCGUUCUACGCCAGGCCAAUCCCCGCCAGCCUACUCCGAUUAAACGGGGAAAGUCUUGUGGCUGUAUUAUUUGCUGA